AUGGUUGAUGCCGAGGAGACAUUCUGCAUCUUUGAAGAAUUUUCUCAUAAAUUGGCUGUUACUGGGAACCCUAAAACUCAUACCAAACCAGAGCUGAAUCGCGUCUAUCUUGGUAGAUGGAUUACGGAGGGAGGUCGGACGGAGAUCAACAGAUAUGACUUGAAGAAACGCAAUUAUAUCAGCACUACGUCUAUGGAUGCCGAAUUGAGUUUGAUAUCUGCAAACAUGACACAUGCGGCGCCCGGAAAGCUAUUCUAUGAUCCAUUUGUCGGUACUGGUAGUUUUCUCGUUGCUGCUGCUCACUUUGGAGCAAUCACCUGUGGCUCUGAUAUUGACGGGCGAAGCUUCCGUGGAAAAGAGGCAGCACCGGGUGUUAAUACAGGAGUCACCGCCAAUUUCAAGCAAUAUGGGUUGCAGUCCAAGUUUUUGGACACAUUUAUUUCUGAUUUAACGAACACGCCUCUUCGGAAAACGCGUAUUUUUGAUGGGAUAAUAUGUGACCCACCGUAUGGUGUGAGAGAGGGCCUGAGAGUCCUUGGUCACAAGGAUGAUAAGAGAAAGGGGGAGAUCAUGAUGUAUGAGGGUGUUCCAUCGUAUAAGCGGGAUGAUUAUAUUCACCCGAAACGGCCAUAUGGCUUCGAAGCUAUGCUUGACGAUAUCCUUGAAUUCGCCGCCCACACACUAGUUGUUAAUGGCAGAUUAUCUCUCUGGAUGCCGACAGCGAACGAAGACGAAGUCGAAUUUGAGAUUCCAAGUAACCCCUGCCUUGAGCACCUCGAUUCUUGCGUGCAACCAUUCAACAAAUGGUCGCGGAGACUCCUUAUCUAUAGACGACUGCCUGAUAGCGAAGUAUCUUCAGCAGCGCCCAAAGAGAGAAAGGAGGUACCCAAGGGGCUUAAUGCUGACGAUUUGAACCCGUUCCGAAGAAAGUACUUUGAAACACUACCUACACAAGAAACCCCCGCAAAGCAAAAAAAUGAAUCGUAG